AUGGAAGAUGGUCCGGUUUUCUAUGGCUUUAAAAACAUUUUUCUUACAGUGUUUGCAACAUUUUUUUUCUUCAAGCUUUUAAUUAAAGUUUUCUUGGCUCUCCUAACCCAUUUCUAUAUCGUCAAAGGAAACAGAAAAGAGGCAGCUAGGAUAGCAGAAGAGAUCUAUGGUGGACUGUCAGACUGCUGGGCUGAUCGAUCCCCACUCCAUGAGGCUGCUGCUCAGGGGCGAUUACUGGCUCUUAAAACUUUAAUUGCACAAGGUAUCAAUGUGAAUCUUGUGACGAUUAACCGGGUCUCUUCUCUUCAUGAGGCAUGCCUUGGAGGUCAUGUGGCUUGUGCUAAAGCCUUGCUGGAAAAUGGUGCACAUGUCAACGGACUGACAGUUCAUGGGGCCACUCCCCUCUUCAAUGCCUGCUGCAGUGGCAGUGCUGCAUGUGUUAAUGUGCUGUUGGAGUUUGGAGCCAAGGCCCAGCUUGAGGUCUACCUGGCUUCACCUAUCCAUGAAGCGGUGAAGAGAGGUCACAGAGAGUGCAUGGAGAUUCUGCUGGAGAAUAAUGUUAACAUUGAGCAAGAGGUUCCUCAGCUGGGAACUCCCCUGUAUGUGGCUUGUGCUUACCAGAGAGUCGACUGUGUGAAGAAACUUCUAGAACUAGGAGCCAGUGUUGACCAUGGCCAGUGGCUGGACACCCCACUGCAUGCUGCAGCAAGGCAGUCCAGUGCAGAGGUCAUCAAUCUGCUCACUGAGUAUGGGGCUAACCUGAAACUCAGAAACUCACAGGGCAAAAGUGCCCUUGACCUUGCUGCUCCCAAAAGCAGUGUGGAGCAGGCACUCUUGCUCCAUGAAGGUCCGCCUGCUCUUUCUCAGCUUUGCCGCCUAUGUGUCCGGAAGUGCUUGGGCCGUCCAUGUCAUCAAGCAAUCUACAAGCUAGGUCUGCCAGAACCUCUGGAAAAAUUCCUCUUAUACCAAUAGUUGGAAACAUGUAGGUUGUUGCCUGCUGUAGGGUGCUUAGUAUAUACUCUUAGUGGCUCAAAUCACUAUCCUUGAAAAUCAGCUCACUCAAUUAGAAUAAAUCAUCCAGAAAUCCAAACACUCGGGGUAAGCAAACUCCUGAUUAGUUUAAUGGUUGCCAAAAAGUAACCAGAAACCUUUUGGUUUUUAACUCUUGUUAAUCAACUUAAAACAAAAUUGAAAUAGAGGCUGUUUUUGGAUGAUUUGGGAUCCUCUAGUACCUGGGUCUGGGGUCAGCAUUUUAAAUUCUGCAUAGAUACAGGUAGAUAAGGUUAGGUUAACUUCUUAAGAAAUGCUCUUGAUUUAGUCCUUCUCCAAUAUAUUUUGUUAGUUUGGUGUUUUCCUAAAAUAAAUUUCUGCAGUGAUUUUGA